CCGCCCCUCCCCAUGCGGGAGACUGUAUGGAGGAAAAUGUGCGGUCCUUCUCAAUGUUUAUGCGCGACGAACACACCCGAACAUCUACGGGACCUAAUCGAAGAUUCAUCGAUGAAGAGGACGGCCGCGGUGCACGAUGACGGAGACAUGAAUUAACGUGUUGAAACAUAUUGGAGGAGGGAGAGAAAAAAAGUCUGCAGCUGAUGGAGCUGCUUCACUGUCACACAUUUGAUCUUUCACUCGCUGGGACGAUUUAAACGUCAACUACUCUUCUUCUUCAUGUUUUUUAAAAGAGACAUGGACGGUAUCGGCAUCAGCAUGCAGACCAAGGCUGCUGAGCUGGAGCGCCUGGCGGAAAAGCUCGUUACCGGGGAGCAGCUCAGGUUGCGGCUCCAUGAGGGGAAAGUCAUUAAAGAUCGGCGCCAUCACUUGCGAACGUACCCAAACUGUUUUGUGGCCAAAGAGCUCAUUGAUUGGCUGAUCGAGCACAAAGAGGCCUCAGAGAGAGAGACGGCCAUCAAGAUCAUGCAGAAGCUUCUUGACCAGAGCAUCAUCCAUCACGUUUGUGAUGAGCACCAGGAGUUCAAAGACAUGAAGUUGUUCUACCGCUUCCGGAAAGACGACGGCACCUUUCCGCUGGACAACGAGGCCAAAGUGUUCAUGAGGGGGCAAAGGAUCUAUGAGAAGUUGAUGAACACAGAGAACAGCCUGUUGCAGACCAGGGAGGAGGAAGGCGGGACCUUCGAGCGGACGCUGGUGGCCGCCGAGUUCAUUGACUGGCUGGUCCAAGAGGGCGAGAUGGCGACCAGGGAGGAGACGGAGCAGCUGGGACGACGCCUCCUCGAGCAUGGCAUCAUCCAGCAUGUCACCAACCAGCAUCACUUUGUGGACGGUCCACUCCUCUUCCAGUUCAGGAUGAACUUUCGGAGGAGGCGGCGGCUGAUGGAGCUUCUCCAUGAGCGAGGCCGCGGCAUUCCCGAGAGUCACGACAGCCCCUUCUGUCUCCGCAAACAAAACUCGGACGGAGGCAACACCAGCUUUCUCUCAGUGAGUCCGACCAAAGAGAUCAAGGUGGUGGUUGGCGUGCGGCGCAGUAGCAUGAGCAGCAGCUGUGGCAGCAGCGGGUACUACAGCAGCAGCCCAACACUCAGCAGCAGCCCGCCCGUCCUCUGCAACCCCAAGUCUGUUCUGAAGAGGCAAGUGAGUCCAGAGGAGCUUCAGACGCCCGGAGGGCCUUUUCUGAAGAAGACCUUUACAAUCGUAGGCGACGCUGUGGGCUGGGGAUUCGUCGUGCGAGGUAGCAAACCCUGUCACAUCCAGGCCGUGGACCCCGGGGGACCUGCAGCGGCUGCAGGCAUGAAGGUUUGUCAGUUUGUGGUGUCGGUGAACGGACUGAACGUCCUCACUCAGGACUACAGGACAGUGAGCAACCUGAUCCUCACUGGACCCAGGACAAUCGUCAUGGAAGUCAUGGAGGAGAUGUGACAUCAUCACCUGAGGAGAAAGAGGGAACUUGGAGGUGUUGCAAAAGCAGCAUCCAGAUGGAGAAAGAGGAUGAAAGCAACAACUGCAAAAAAUGUGCAGGUUCUUCACUCUUUUAUUUUUGCAAGCACACGCACAAAAAUGAGAGAUUUUGACUCCACCAGUCGUCAAGAUUUAUCUCUUUCACUUUAAGGACAAUCACAAUCCAAAUGUCCAUAACACAAAAUGGAGAUGAAGAUAUCUAAGAGAAGAUAUCUCAUGCUAACCACCUCCAGUGACCUUUUCCCCACUUACUGUACCAUUAAUGAGUGGCAGCUUUGGAUAGCUCAGUGCUGCCCCCAGCAGGACAGGAAGACACACAACUGACUUACAUUGACUGGCAAUGUAAACAAAUGUUCACAGUAUGUUUACGCCAAGAAGGUAUGUUUUACUCAAUUGAGGUGUGCGGGUUUGUAACAAUAAAAAGCUCCAUAGCUACAUAUCUAACAACUUAAAUCAUUUUUAAAAACAAAACAAAAUCUUGUUUUUUGACUUUCUGAAGAAUAAUUUCAUUUGCUGAGAAAUUGUUGGAGGGAAAAACUGUAAAAAUAACAACCACACAUUGUGUCAUGAAUGCAUUAUUAUUGAAAAUCAUUUAAAACUGCAUAAAACAUUGAGCCAAUCCAAACUCAAAUGUAAGCGACAAAUACACAGAUUAGGGUGACUCUCGGUAACAAAUGUAUCUUUAAAGAAAACACAACGCUGUCAUCAAGUAGCGCACAUACACACAUCCCUGCUUUUAUUUUAACGUUUCACCAUGGACUUCAUAAAACUGCAUUAUAAUGAUGAUAAACAGGUGAUAAACAGGGUCAAAUACACCACGGAAUGUAUUAGCAAUCGCAGAGAAGCACUUGGAAGUAGUCCAUUUGUGUUUCCCCUGACAAAAGCACUUAUAAAACUAUACAUAAUUAAUAUGUUCAUUAUGCAGUAUGAUAGCAGUGGCAAUUUAAAUUUAGCUACCUUUACUACCUUCAACUUUACCAAUUUAAUAAGCUAGUAAAUGCAUACAAUUACUUGUAGUUUAAUGUAUUGUGUGCAGAAACGAAUACAUGCUUAAUGUUCUAAUAUUCUACUGUACUGUAUGAGUAAUACGUGCUAUUAUGUUGUCCUUUGUAGACAUAGCCACAUUAGAAGGGUGCACACUGUACAUGCACGGGACAUAACAUUAGGUACACCCAAUAAUGUUCAACACAAAAAAUAUGUCUUUAAGAAGUUAGUAAUGUGCUGUUUUAGUUCACUUUGUCAUUUUACUAAAUAAGUUUCUCAAGUCAAAAUAUUAGGAACAAUAAUAAACACAAUUUAAACGUCGUAAUUAUGGCUGGGCUUUUGUUUAUUUACCUAAAAAGGAUGAGACAAUUGGAGAGAGGCUGUUAUUUUUUAAAUGUAAAAACUCAUUAUAUAUUUUUUUUAACUUUGCUUAUGAUUUGGAGUGCAUGAGAAAGUGGAAACGUAGCUCACCACUAGGCCAUUAAAUGUAAAGAAGUACAUUGCACAACACAGCAACAAUGUUGUGAUAGUGGCAAGGAGCAAACUGCUGAGCAAGCAUUAAUACGGCUGGUGAGUUUAUCGUAAGCACCAUUUUAAAGCACAGGCAGAGGUAGAUAAAGCUACUGGAUGUGGAGUUAACAAAAUACUACUUAAGAAGGUUGCCUACAGCCACAAAUGUUAAUGUUAAUUAGUUGUGUUUAUAUUGUUUGUUUUUAUUUUGUAACACACAUCCAGGAAAUAUUAGACACUUACGGUUAAAUGGUUUGAGUUAAAUUCGAACAUGCAUAUACAGUUACAAUAUAAUGCUUCACAUUUUUCCCGUUUUUCGUUACACCAUAUCAAAAAAGUAGGAUGAAGCAGAGUUUAAUUAAUCCUAGCCCUUUUCCAUUUAAUAGCAAUUACUAACACAUUUGUUCUCCUUCAAAUCAAAUCCAUAAAUAAUACAGUUCUCAAUAAAGAGUAGAAUAACUUGUAAUUUACAUAAGAUGAAUGAGAUUAUUUUGGUGGUUCACUGAAUACAUUGGUGUAUUUGGAACAUUUAUGGGGCGUUUUAGACUAGAAAAUGUAAUUCCUUUAGAAAAUAUGAAAUAAAUAAACGACUUGAGGACAAUAAUCAUAUGAAUCAAAGACAACAACAUAUUAUAGAUUUUUAAUGUUUGUUUUUAGAAAGUGGUGAUUUGCAGUACAAUACAUGAGAAUGAUUAAAAAGGAUUUAGUAGAUGAAUAGAUAUGAAGUGAAUAUAAAUGAUUUGCUGCUUGUUUUGAGGCCAUUGUCAUCUUGCAGAAAAAAAAUACUGUCGGAAGAAUGAAAAAAUAUAUUUUUGACCAGGAAUAGUAUUAUAGUCAAUUAUUUGACCAUGUCAAUCAAAACAGGGCGUUCAUAUUUUUCUGUGAAUAUUGGAUUAGGUGUUCCCAAUGUAGUGUCAGGUUUGUGUACAGUACAUGGCAACAUGAUCUUUAACCAUGAAGUAUGCACAAUAAAGUAUCGGCCUGA